AUGUCCUCUUUCAGCAGUCCCAAAUCAGAUGACCCUGAACAGCUACCAUUCCUGAAAUCCUUGGAUCAAGGCAUUUCUGAUAAAUGCAAGCAACCGACCUCCCAGUUCCACCAUGACGAUAAACCAAUGGCAACAAGGGUUUUAUCCCACUUAAUGGUCUUUGUCCUGACCUCGGCAGCAUGGAUCGUGGUAAUUUUGCUGGUUCGAUCGCCACCUUCAUACCGAAAGUCGGGUUUUCAUACCGCUGGAGCCUCGCACCAACACAACAUCACAUCCAACGCGCACUUGAUAAGCUGCGGAACCUCGACUACGGAGGCACGACAAGCUGGAUGCAAAUAUGACGUCCUCCUUAAUCAUUGGGUGCCAUCAGAAUGCUGGGACGAGGAGUUCGUCCAAGAGUACCAGGACGACCGGAGUUGGGGUGCUUAUGCGGAUGAACUUUUGACGCAAGAGAUCACUUCGAUCGACGACAUGUCGGAGCGCAAGUACUAUUAUACCUCUGUGAGAGAUCACAUCAACCAUUGUGCAAUCGUGUGGAAGAAACAGUAUUGGACUCUGUUUGAAGAAGCUCCAGCGUUUGAUAGUGUCAUCGCCGCUCCUUUCCAUACCGAUCACUGCGCUCAAUAUUUGAUGGAUGUCAUUGACACAAAUGGUACAAUCUCAACAAAGGUUGAGAUUGGCUUUGCUGGCUGCUGGAUCAGACAUUGA